UCAUAAAUCAAUCAAUAUUUAUUUAUUUACAUAUUUUUGUUUGCAUAUCACGCAAUUUUAGUUAUUUUGUGGAUUAAAAAUGGUUUAAGCAGAUGUAUCGAAAAAUUUGGUAUAAACCCUUACAUCAACGAAAAAUUAAACAGUGGAAGCAGAUGUCAUUGUUUAGUAAAUUAAUUUACUAUCAGCAACCAUUUAUCGAUCAUUUAGUGAGCACAUGGUUACAGCCGCUACCUUUUCCCACCAUUCUCAAAGUGGCUUUCACCUUUAUCUUGGCCAUAUUUGUAUUGCUGCCCAUCAUAUAUCCAGCUGUAAUAUUUAUUUGGUCGUACGCUGAGGUGCAGUAUAUACUCGAAAACCAUUAUGACAUAGCUUUUCCCGAGAAACUUGAUGUGCUGGGCUAUUUACAUCGCCUCUACUCAUUUCGCAUCGUCAAUGAAAAGUACAACAUUUUUCUGAUCCUGUACUUGGAACGUUGGCGCAUAUUAGGCACCGCCAUCGCCUCAACAAUUGACUAUGUUAGGUUGGCGUUCUGCUUACUAUUCAAUACUUAGUACUU